CGCCGCCCUCUGGAGAGCGCCUGGGAGAGGCUGGUGUGAAGAGCCGCAUUUCAAUGAGGGCCGGGCUAAUGCAAAUCACUGCAACCGGCAGCAGCAGAAGAAAAGCGAAGCAGCUGCAGCCCGGGCUCCCCAGCAGCGCGCUACAGCCAGGGGAGGCGUAACAAAGGCAGCGGAGCCGCUUUCUGCGGCAACUACUGCGCCUGCAGCCGGGUGGUCGAGGGGGGGAGGGGGGAGCCUCCGCUCCUUGGCCGCUUCCCAUUCCGAGCCGCCGCCUUCCCUCCGCGCCCCGCCGGCAGGUCUGAGCGAGGAGGUGCCCGCCAGGCUGCGGAGAACAGGUUGAACUUCAAGAUGUCCCUUGGGAGAGAUAUGGAGCUGGAGCAUUUUGAUGAGCGUGAUAAAGCGCAGAGAUAUGGCAGAGGGUCCCGGGUAAAUGGUUUACCCAGCCCUACUCACAGUGCCCACUGCAGCUUUUACCGAACCCGUACUCUACAGACCCUGAGUUCUGAGAAAAAAGCCAAGAAAGUUCGUUUCUAUCGUAAUGGAGACCGGUAUUUCAAAGGGAUUGUAUAUGCCAUCUCCCCUGACCGGUUUAGAUCCUUUGAAGCUCUCCUGGCUGAUCUGACCCGAACUCUGUCCGACAAUGUGAAUCUGCCCCAAGGAGUGAGAACAAUCUACACAAUUGAUGGCUCCAAGAAGAUUACCUCCUUGGACCAGCUAGUAGAAGGAGAAAGUUAUGUAUGUGGUUCCAUAGAACCCUUCAAGAAACUGGAGUACACAAAGAAUGUAAACCCAAACUGGUCAGUGAAUGUUAAGACAACUUCUACUUCUCGUUCAGUGCCAUCUCUUGCCACUGCUAAAGGAGGUGCUCCAGAUACAAAAGAGAAUAAGGAUUUCAUUAGACCUAAACUGGUCACUAUCAUCAGGAGUGGAGUGAAGCCGCGGAAGGCAGUCCGAAUUCUGCUCAACAAGAAGACAGCACAUUCAUUUGAACAGGUUCUUACUGAUAUAACCGAUGCCAUCAAGCUGGAUUCAGGGGUGGUUAAACGCUUAUACACGCUAGAUGGAAAACAGGUGAUGUGCCUUCAGGAUUUUUUUGGUGAUGAUGACAUUUUUAUUGCAUGUGGACCAGAAAAGUUCCGUUACCAGGAUGACUUCUUGCUGGAUGAAAGUGAAUGUCGGGUGGUGAAAUCCACUUCCUAUACCAAAAUAGCAUCGACUUCACGUAGGAGCACCACCAAGAGCCCAGGCCCAUCCAGACGCAGCAAGUCUCCAGCUUCUACUAGCUCAGUGAAUGGAACCCCUGGUAGCCAGCUUUCUACUCCCCGCUCUGGGAAGUCUCCAAGCCCAUCUCCCACCAGCCCAGGAAGCCUACGGAAACAGAGGAGCUCCCAACACAGUGGCUCCUCUACCUCAUUAGCAUCCACCAAAGUUUGCAGCUCUAUGGAUGAAAAUGAUGGACCUGCAGAAGAAGUGUUGGAGGAAGGUUUCCAGGUUCCAGCAUCGAUAGCAGAGCGAUAUAAAGUUGGAAGGACUAUAGGAGACGGAAAUUUUGCUAUUGUGAAGGAGUGUAUAGAAAGAUCAACUGGUAGAGAAUAUGCUCUGAAAAUAAUCAAAAAAAGUAAAUGUAGAGGAAAAGAACACAUGAUCCAAAAUGAAGUAUCUAUUUUAAGACGAGUCAAGCAUCCCAAUAUUGUUCUUCUGAUUGAGGAGAUGGACAUGCCAACUGAGUUGUACCUUGUCAUGGAACUUGUAAAGGGAGGAGAUCUUUUUGAUGCUAUCACUUCCACCAACAAAUAUACAGAGCGGGAUGCCAGUGGGAUGCUUUACAAUCUGGCCAGUGCCAUCAAAUAUCUUCACAGCCUGAACAUUGUCCACAGGGAUAUCAAGCCGGAGAAUCUACUGGUUUAUGAACACCAAGAUGGAAGCAAGUCCCUGAAGUUAGGGGACUUUGGCCUAGCAACAAUUGUGGAUGGACCUUUAUAUACUGUUUGUGGGACCCCAACAUAUGUAGCUCCAGAAAUCAUCGCUGAAACUGGAUAUGGAUUGAAGGUGGACAUCUGGGCAGCGGGUGUGAUUACUUACAUCCUGCUCUGUGGAUUUCCUCCAUUCCGUGGAAGUGGAGAUGAUCAAGAAGUACUUUUUGAUCAGAUUUUGAUGGGACAGGUGGAUUUUCCAUCUCCAUAUUGGGAUAAUGUUUCUGACUCUGCAAAGGAACUUAUCACAAUGAUGCUUCAAGUAGAUGUAGAUCUGCGGUUCUCAGCCUUGCAAGUUCUUGAGCAUCCAUGGGUUAAUGAUGAUGGCCUUCCAGAGAAUGAACAUCAGCUCUCAGUAGCUGGGAAGAUAAAGAAGCAUUUCAACACAGGCCCUAAGCCGAACAGCACAGCAGCUGGAGUUUCUGUCAUAGCACUGGACCACGGGUUUACCAUCAAGAGAUCAGGGUCUUUGGACUACUACCAACAACCAGGAAUGUAUUGGAUAAGACCACCGCUCUUGAUAAGGAGAGGCAGGUUUUCCGACGAAGACGCAACCAGGAUGUGAGGGGACGUUACAAGGCACAGCAAGCUCCACCUGAACUCAACUCCGAAUCGGAAGAUUAUUCACCAAGUUCAUCUGAGACUGUUCGCUCACCUAACUCACCCUUUUAAUAAAACACUUUUACUCAAAAGUCUUGGCUUUAACCCUUUGAGACCCUGAAACUUCUUCAGACCUGUGUGGAAUGAUUACAACUGAUAUAUCCAGCAGUAUAGGCUGGGAUGGUGGAACACAAAAGGGUGCUCACAAAAUCUUUGUAAGAAUAAUUUCCUAAUUGAUUGAAAUACUUGUUCUCUGUUUAGAUUGCAACUUGCUGCUAAUAUGAUCCUCAAAGGGUUAAGGCUAUUUUGCUUUUUUAUUUAAAGAUAGAAGCAGUGAAUGUUUUCAUCAGUGGAGCUAGGAACUGCAGUAUGUAAUUUUAGCACAUGUUAACCCUCUGAGUAAAUGAUCAACUUAAAUUUUGACAACCCACAUUAGGGUUUUAUUCUGGCUUUUUUGCUUUUAUACGCACAUAUCUUUUAUAGUAUCCUGAAGUUCCUUGCCAGUUUCUGGCCAAAAAUAUAUGAACUGUACUAUUGUUUAGGAGUUACAGAUAUAGGCUUAAAAAUGAAAAUAAAAUUAAACAAAUGGUAUCUUCUUCAGUAGCUCAUUCUAAAUCUGCAUCGUACUUCCACAGGGAGUGACUGUCAUUGGAAGACAUUAUGCAGGCUAAAUGGGAAAUUCAGUUUAGGAUAUCCUCAUGGUUUACAGAAGAUGACAUGAUGAUGGCCACAAAAGGUUGCUUCCAUAUAGUUUGCUCCUAAUGACAAUGUCGAGUCUUGGAAAGUGGCUUGAGGACACGUUCUGUCAUGUAAUAGUAUGUAAUGAUCCAGUUGAGAAGUUCCUGGUUCCUUUGUGUCACAUUCAGAAAUGUGCAGGCAUCCUCUCAGCACAACCUGGCUAUUCCAGCAGAGUCAUUUUAAAGGAUUAAUACUGAUGAAUGGAAGAUAGCUAGAGUACUUCCAAAUCAGGGAAAAUACAAGUCAUUUAAUAUAUAUGUAAACCCUAAACUGAAUUAGCAGAAGUUUUGUGUUAAAAUGGAGAAACUAAAAAUGAUUCACCAGUUCUAUUUGUAAUAUUUAAUAAAAUGGGCAUUUACACAGAGUAUAUAUAUUUCUAGUUUGUUAAAACCUCAACACAGCAUUAUAGCUUUUUAUUUGACCGUUAUCCUAAAGUUGGCUUCUAUAAAAAUACUACACUGUGUAGACUUUUGCUUCAGAUGUGAUAAUUUGAAAAAAAAAUAAAUGAUACGGCUCAAAAUUUCACUUGAAUGAAAAAGUCAACUUUCAAAAUCAUGUUCUAAAAUAAAAAAUAACGUGGUGAAAUUUAUAGUUGCUCUUAUUACUCAUAUAAAACGGAACUUUUCUCCUCUAAAGUUAAAGUUUUCUCAUAGUGUUUUUUUUAAAAGUCACAUAAAUGUGGUUUCCUCUCUCUCUUUCUUUCUUCCUUUCAUAUCAUACAACUCAAAGUAUCAAUAUGCUAUCCAAAAUGAUAUGCAGUUUUUCUGCUUUUUCUGGGAAGCAUAAAUAAAUUUUGCAGGAACAAGGCUAGUUGCUCACAGUAUUGUUCCCAUUCUGAGUUGUGUUUGCUCAUGGAACUGUCCAUAUGGCAGCAAAUGUGUACCUGCAACUUGUUGGAGCUAGUGUAAAGCUCUUUUGCACUUCUAGUUGGAACUAUCUAGUUGGAAGUUGAACUGUAUUUCAAGAAACACUGGAAUUCUGUUUUUCUGUCCUACAAAAUGCAUCUUUCAUUACCUCAGACAUGAAAAUUUAUAUAUUAAAAACGUGGAAUAUUUUAAACACAGGAAUUUCAUCUUGUGAGCCUUCACACAAGUGGUACAAGUAGUUAACUUUUUUAUUUUUUUUAAUUCACCCAAUACUAAAAAUCUUGAAGUGAGAUGCUUAGUACAGACAAGUUCUCUAGGCUUCCUUGGUAAUACAGAGAGAGAUGAACAUUCCAGGUUUGAUUCAUCUCACCUGCCAUGGGCAUGCAUUUUAGGCAGGACUCGUGUUUUGAUUAACCUAUUGGUCUCACUGCAUGGACUGUAGAAGGAACUGCUGGUGGAAGCUUAUAUCAGACACCAAGUUUCAGAUUACGAGUUUAGUGGAAAGUCAUCUAAGUCAUCAGGAAACUGAUCUCUGAAUGUAUGUCCAAGGGCAGAAGGCCUGUGCAUGGACUCAGUUACUCUGUCUGGAACCUGAGUAACAACAUCUUAACCCAAGUGAAGCAAAUAAGCACCUUGUUGGAGAAUUCCACUGGGGUAGAAGGUGAAGGGACCUAGGAACUGCCAUACAAAUGCCCUAAGAUUUUAGGUUUUGGCAUCUGUGUCAGAUCCUUGACUAUGACUAUCCAACCCUAGUCACACUGAAGAGAGAAGAUGCUCAGUAAAUGGGGCACAACCACUGCCACUGUAGUGUUAAUGGUUGUAAUUAGGUAACAUUUGGAUAGGACAGGGAUUAUUUUUCCAUAGAAUCAAACCCUCAGACAAGGUAAAGCCUUCCUUGCCACUUACCUACACUAAUUUACAGUAGGUCAGGAUCUGGCACACGUUUUUCCAGCUCUGGUCUUCCCAUAUUAUAUCACAGCCUUCCCUUUAGAAGAGAUACAAUUCAGCCAUGUAAUGCAAGACAUACAUGUGGUAAUAAAAAAGAGUCCAUUAAUACCACAUGCUCCUUGACUAUUGUGAAAAUUUGGAAGUCUUAAAGCAAGGGAUGAUGUUCAUUCUUCUUAAUUAGAGAGGGAAGUCAGGAGAAAAAAAAUAUGCUUCACCUUAUGCAGGAGAAAUAUUAUUCAAAAGGCCAUCUGGGAUUUUCCUAUCACCUUUGCUUUGCUUUGGAAUACAGGAUUAUCAUUAAAAUAAGAUGUUUGGCUCCUUCAUCUUACACCAUCUUGUACUACUUAAAAUGUAUGUAAAAAAAAUCCUAGAUCCUGAAAAUCCCACUCAUACCCAACAUUUUGUAUGUUUCUGAUCUUUAGUUCAUGUUUUAUGAACAUAACUAUAAAAAUAUUUUUAAAGUUAUUUUUAGGUCUGUGAGGGACUGGGUUUCAAAAUGUUGAUAGCUUAUUUAAGACUUCAAGAAAAGGUAUCUGAAUAUUUGAACUGUUUUAAAGGACUUUGCAAUCAUGGGUUUAAAUAUAUCCAUAUACCCAUAUAUAUAUUUUAGUAUAACCAUAUAUAUAUGUAUAUGUAUGUAUGGUUUCAUGGAAGUAAUAGUGGCUUAGGCUUGUUUGGCAGUGACUGCCCUUUCUUUCAAUCUAACCUCUGAAUUCCUGAGGGUAAGUGAAGACAGAAUAUGUGGCCCAAAAAAAUAUUGGAAGCACCAAUGAGAAAAAGAAAUCAAACAUAAUACACUAUUUCUAAUGUGAUAAUCUGGGAGAGCACAUAGCACACUGUGGUCAUUUUACUCUAAUAUGCACCAGUCCUUCUGACUUCUUUCUUCAUUUCCCUUUUGAAUUUUUAAGCAUUGUAUUGCUGCUAAGUGUGACAACAAUUGCUUUUUUAAAUACUUAUUAUGUAUACAAGGCCAGCUUCCUCCCACCAAGCCUGUGUAGUUAGCAGAGACGGAUGGCAAUUGUGGUAGGCACCAUCUAUCACCAAGGAGAUGGAGAGGAACACUUCCAAAGGGUGAUUCAGGUCAUCUAAUGUUUCAUCUCUGGAGAUGCCUGACAGUCUGAUCUUAGUAUUAACAGGAGAGUAGACCAGGAUCACUUCCAGCUUAAUACCUCUCAAAUAAAUAUAAGCAGGGAUAACAUGGACUUCAACCUAAGUGCAAUAUUCUAGUGAGCUUACAUGCAGUAAGCAAAUUUUGAUGUGAAAAUAUAGUACUGAUAGCACAGGAUUAGUUGAAAGGUGGUGAGCUGGGAGUUGUUUUAUCUAAUUUCAUCCAUCUAGGAGUUAAGCAUCUAAUCUAGGGCAAUAAUCUAAAUUUCCCUUAUAGAUGCUAGAGACUGGCUUCUCUAAUGGAUAAUUAAAAUUCUAGGAUGGAUUAAUCACUCACAAGAUGAUGGGCCUAGCCUAAAUAUAUUUAGAACAUGAUUUAUUAAGCCAUGAUGUAUAAAUUAGUAUUUCUAUAAGUUACAAUUUUCAUAGCAUUAUUAUACAAAAAAUCCAGAAUACUAUGGUUCUACUCAGAGGGUUAACAGAAAAGCACUAGGCAUGCUGAUUACAUUGGUGUAUCCGAACUGCUUUGCUUUUUUAGCCAGUGUUUGCUGAUUUUUUCAGAAAAUUCUUGAAAAAUUUCAAGUUUGAAAUAAUUUAAGUGUUGUUGUUUAAGGAAUUUCUAUAACCAAAUUAAUCUUAUUUUUAGCUCAACUUAUCACAGGAAUAAUAUGUAUCAUUGAUGCAGUGUAAGUCUGUAGUUAUCAAUUUUAUUAAUUCCACAAGUGAUUCCAGAAAUCUCUCUUUUUUUAAGUACUUACUAUAGAGCUUACAAUGGUGGCAUAGGUGACUGAGACUGUCUUUCUUAUUGGUAAACAAACAAUAUUGUAAUUUCAAGAAAGUCCUAAGAAUCAGCUUUUCAGUUUGGUAGUGUACUAGUUAGGGGAAAGCUAUCUCAUUACAUGCAUUGUGUAAAUCAUCUUUGUAGAUGAAGAUUGUUCAUAUUAAUGAACACAUUCUUUUUCCUUGACAUUGUAGCAGAAACUGUUUACUUGUUAAAGAACAACCAAUACAUUAAUUUGCUUCAGACUGUUAGAGGGGAAGGUGAGAUUCCAGUCAUUGACAAUGUUAUUGCGUUACAGUAGCCCUCAUCUAAUUUAAAUGUGGUGCAUACUACAAUAAGGAAAGCCAAACCUGUGAAUAAACUCCUGAAAAAGCCUGGUGGGUUUUUAUUCAGUUGGGUGCUCGCACACAGUAGCAUGUGACAGAAGGAAGGCUUUCAAGAAUUGUUGAAAUGAAAGCGAUAUAUCCACAAAUAAGAGCUAAAUUGCAAUCCUUUCCCUAUGGGGCAUAUAUGCUUGAAAAGAAAAAAAAUAAAGAAAAGAAAAGAAAAAUUGGCUCUGAGGUUUGCAGUGCUACUAUAUUACCACAGGGCAAGUACAUUAAAUCAUUGUUAUUUGCUAGCCUGGGGUAUAUGUUAGAAAAUGGCAUCUUUUUUAUUUAGUUUAGAUUGUGGGCAGGGAGAGCUUUCCUAAUAUUAUUGCAGUGCUUGCUAGUGCUGCCAUGGUUAAGGCUGUGUUAGUAUUUCCAUUAUAAACUCUUAGUCUCAAAGGUUUUUAAUUUGAUUGUAAAAAUUUGCUUCAGGCAGAAACUUGGCAUACAAUUUUUCAACUCAGAGUGAUUCUUUUCCUAAAAUAUGAGAGAAAUCAACUUGACCUCUUCAACAUUUAUUUUCUAAGUGUACACAAACAUUCACAGACACAAAGGUGGUUUUUAUGCAGCUCCUUUCAGAUGAGUUACGUUUUCAAGCACAUCUUGCAGGUUUUAACUACAAAGGUGACAGCUCAGACCUUUUGGGCAUUUUGAAAUCGAGGGAGAAAACUCAGUGAUCAAGAGCAAAAAUGUUCCACAUGUGGGAGAGUUUUAUUUUGACAUGACAAGCAUUUAAAGUUUGUACAGUAAUGGGUAUGUAUACACCCUACUGAGUGUUUAUGUAAUUCCUAAACCCAUUAGUUUAACUCUGGAGCCCCUGCUGGUCUAGUGGUAAAGGCGCCGCGCUAUCACCGCGGAGACCCGGGUUCGAUUCCUGGUCAGGGCCACUCCCGGGCAGGUGGGGCUCGUUAGCCCUUAAAGGCAACCCACCUACGUCCUAAGGACCUCGCUGCCACCGUCCAAGCUCGCUUGGCCCCGGCAGAUGAACCUUAGGAUUAAAGGGUGGGCUCAGUUCCGCGCACACUGUGUCUCACCUAAAAAAUCCAAUGCGCAGGCUGGAAGGUGGAAAGACCUUCCCCGGAUCUUCGCUCGCGAAGACUGGCCAUUAUUAGUUUAACUCAUUCCACAUAGAAAAUGCUAAAUGUGAAUAUGCUGAGUUUCCCUGUAAGACUGGGUAAAGAAGCAGUUUCGUUCUAUGUUUUAUAGUAGCACCAUGGACAAAGCUGACAAGACAUCAGCAAAAAGGGUCCACAAAGAGAGGAAUCAAAGGGACAUGCUUUCUCUUCAGGGAAAAAAAUUGGUCUCAAUAAGACGGAGUUGAAAGCUCACACUGAAUAAGAGGGGUAUUAAAAGCAAUUUAAAAAGCGUAAGUAUGGAAUCAUUUGAAAACCAUAAAAGUGCAAGGGAGCCACACAGUGUAGUGAAUUCAUGCGCAGAGCUAAUCACAAACUAAGCUGGAGCAAAUUUACAGCUACAAACAGGCAUAAUUAAUACACAAAUCAAACACACCCAGUGGCAGAUGGAAUUGAAAUCCUAGUUCUUUUAGCAAACAUAAUGCAGACCUCUUCCUCAUAUAUUCACUAAAUGAGACCGUGUGUAGCUAUUUGAAGUAGUGUUGCGUAAGGGCUAGUGGGGAAAUUAGGUGUUUAAGAAAUGGCUGCAAAUUAAUUGUUUUUAGUAGCAACUCUGCAGCACGCCUCUACCUCAGUGGGUCCUUUGGGAAAUGACAGCUUUCAAAAAGUGACGCCUAUGCAUUUUAUAAUUGUCUGCAUGUAUACUUGGAUAGGCCAUGCCAAAUGGCUUCAGUAAGAAUUGAGUUGCUAUAAUGAGGCUUCAUGUUGUCUGCAGUUUUUUGCAGCAGAGGCCAGAGGAAGGGGCACAGUAUCCAUGAAAUAAAGAAUUUGUGGAUUGACCCACCUAUAAUGGAGAUGUCUUCCUAAUACUUCUUAGUAAUUGACUUGAGUGAUAAACCACAGUGCUCAGUCAUGUCCACAAAUAUUCUCUGUACCUAAGUACAGAGGGGACACAGGAUAGAGUUGUGCCAUUUUCUAGACAUCCGCUUACAGUGCUCCACAUUUUGUCAAGCCGUGUGUAAAUAUCGGAUGGGGAAAAUAACUGUUUAUGCCAAAUGAUAGAGCUAGAAAAAAACAUAUAAGAAGUGAUUGGCCAUGAUAAUUGUGGACUGACCUUUUAAAGAUGGUUUCCAACAAAUUGUCAGACAGAUUUUUGAGAGUUUGUCCAGUAGAACCAUCAGAACCAAGAAACUCCAACUGAUUUUUAGGUGCAACUUGAUCCAUUCACGAGAAACUUGCCUCUUGAGGUGUUUCUGAUACAUCCUCUUAUGUGUGUCCAUUUGUAGGAAGACUCUGGAAUCAGAAAGCCUAAAGAUACAUUUGUUUCUAUGUAUCUAACAGAUUUUAAAGUUAAUGACGGGUUAUUCAAACACAUCUAAUUUUAGGUGUCUGGAUUAAAAAACCACAGUGAUGAAAAAGAAGCUUAGCUUACUUGUCUCGAGUUACUCUUAGGAAGAGCUGACAUUACUACCAUGGCUAUUACUGCUGCUGCUAGUAUUGCUGUUUCUAUUACCACUACCACUAUUGCUGUUCAGAGGCAAUUCUUUUUUUGACCUACACUUCUCCAUUAGGUGCCUGGAAUGCUUCAAACUUGCUAAUAAGACCAGAAGGGUCUGAUAUGAAUAAAAGCACCUAUAAAUUUGUUUUCUUUUCAAACAGAAUGCCCACAGCUAUUGAAUCUGGUGCCCAUCAUACGGUGAGAGUUUGAGAAUUGGAAAGAUUGAUAUUGGUAAAUUCAAAGAAGGAUUAUUUGUAAGCUAUAAAUACAAUGUUCAAGGGAAUUCCUGGUGCUGUGUCUUGCAAAAGAGGAUGACACACUUUUUUUCCUCUUCUGAAAAUCCAAGCAUGUAGGAAAAGGCAAAUAAACAUUUAAAAUAUGAACUUCUGGCAAUUUGGUGUUUAUCAUUAAUCUUAACUAGGUGUAGUCUUUGUGAAAUUGCUUCACUGUAAUAGGGAGAUAGAAUUUAAGGUAGAUAACAUCAGAUCUUGACAACUUUUGCCAUUGAUAGUUAAAGGAAGAGAGGAAUCAAAUUGACUGACUGAUGCUAAAACAAGAAGUACUUCAGGAGAGGCAUUUCCAGACAGAGGUGAUGGGAAAAAGCAGGGAGGAGGAUGACUUUGGAAUAAUUCUAAGAGGUAAAUUUAUCACUUGCCAUUUGUGCUGACCUUCGGUGUCUUAUCUGAGGGGGAAAAAAAUUAACUGGUCCAAGGUUAACCUAUUUUUAAUUUUUUUAAGGAAUUAAUAAUAAGCUUUUUUAUUCUGCCUGAAAGGAAAUUGUUGAAGGAUUAUUUCAUUGUGAAAUUAAAUUGCACUUUUCUCAUGCAUACUAAAAAACCAUCUAAGGAAGUAGUGGCCUUUAAACAAAUUUGUAAAUUAUUUCAGUUUAGAAAAAUUUUCAUUUCAUUUGAAAAGUAAGAAACUUAGGAAUUGCUAUGUGGUUUGAAUGGCGUAGAUGAAUCUCUAAUUUUCAAGGUACUAAUUAAGUAAUUUCUAUAUGGCAUAUAUUCAUGCAAAGAUAAGGAGGGAAGCCAAAUGGGAUUUUUCCAAAUGUGAAGGAACAGAAAUGAGAUCUGAUAUUAUCAUCUUAAUUUUUGAGCUAAGUUUUUAAGUUACUGCUUACUUUUCUGAAAAGUAUUUGCUCUAAGUAGGUAAUAGAAUAGAAAAGGAAAAAUCACUUAGUACUUCAGCUCUAGUCUCAGAUUCUAAUGACUUCAUGAUUCUUGAACAGAGAAUCACUGCAAUAUAUUUCAAUUCAGUCAUCACAAGCAAGCCACCAAGGAGUUAGUUCCACCUGCAUUCCUGAGGAGGUGUGCACAGGCUUGAAAAACUAGUCAUGCAGCCACAUCCUAGCUUUUCCACAUAAGCCUCUGCACCAAAGUGAGUCUCAAUGAGCAUGGUUAUGAAAAAAGGAAGUAAUUAUUCAGAAAAUUCUCACUUCAUGUGUUAAUUUCCCAGAACAGGAGGUGAGUUUGGAUAGGCAUAUGGAAAUUAAAUAUAGUAGUGGACUGAGAGGCUUUGUAUCUGGUGCCCUACAACAUUAUAUAUAUGAAUUCUCAUGAGAAAUGUGAAUACUAUUUUACUGUGGAAGCCUGCUGAAUCCCACUAAUGACUGGAAGUUUCAUUGUAAAUGGCUGGAUUUUGGGAAUUAACAGAUAAAUGGAGAAAUACAAUAAAAAGCCAGAGGAUAAUACAUUGUA